AUGGAGGGCCUUCCGUAUGACGACCCACGUUUUCUUGAGCCAGCUCAUGAUCAUAAUCCCUCGAAUAUAUCCUACCUGACCGAUAUCCCUCUCUCAAGCUCAAGCUAUAUGCCGGACGAGGUACGAGACCUGUUGCCUGCUGUGCAAGAGGCAACCUCUAUCGUAUUUGCAUCAUUUAAGCGACUUGACGACCUUCUCAGUCAACGAUUCGAGCGGUUGAUGGUCUUACCGGAAGAGGACAGGAAGCCUGGUCCCAGAAAUAUUCAGUAUUCCGAACCCGCCUAUUUCUGGUAUCAAAACCAGGUAAAGAAUGAAGCACAGUAUCUUAUUACGGAGGCAUUUCCAGACUGGAACAAGAAUGUUGUCAACGUGGAAUCAUGA